UGGCAGAGAAAGGGAAAUUGCAGAAAAAGAGAGAAGAGCAUGGAAAAUGACGACGUUGAAAUGCUCGGUUCUGAAAGCAACGAAGCUGGCUUGGAGCUGGAUGACAUGAAGAAGCGCUUGAAGGAAAUGGAAGACGAAGCUUCUGCUUUGCGGGAGAUGCAGGCCAAGGUCGAGAAGGAAAUGGGAUCUGUACAAGCUCCUGCUACUGCUGCUUCGAGUCAGAACAAUAAAGAGGAAGUAGAUUCUCGAUCAGUCUUUGUCGGCAAUGUGGACUAUUCAUGUACUCCAGAAGAAGUGCAGCAGCAUUUCCAGUCAUGUGGAACCGUAAACCGAGUCACCAUCCGAACUGAUAAGUUUGGCCAACCAAAGGGAUAUGCUUACGUAGAGUUUCUUGAAGUGCAGGCUGUUCAAGAAGCUCUUUCGCUGAAUGAAUCUGAACUACACGGGCGUCAAUUGAAGGUUACUGCUAAGAGGACCAAUAUACCAGGGAUGAAGCAAUAUCGUCCUCGCCGGCCUAAUCCUUACCAGGGGUUUCGAGGCAGAGCCCCGUAUGCACCUCCUUUUGCUUAUGCUCCUUUUGGAUAUGGAAAAGUUCCAAGGUUUAGAAUGGGAAUGCGCUAUAGUCCCUACUAUUAAUUAUGCUGAAUCAGAACUUUUGUCUAAUGGAUGGAAGGACAUAACCUACUCCUUCUAGUGUCAUGGCUGAUGCAGGCCAUUCAGCAUGAGGGAACGAACGGUACGGCCACCGAUUUAGCAGCAAACCUUGUAAGCUUACGAUGUAGUAUUCUGCAAUUUUUUAUAUUUGACAUAUAUAUUCAAAGGUUCUUUGUAAAAGUAUCUGUUAAAAAAUGUUAAUGUAUGGGAUUUUCAGUUGGUUUUUUUCUUCUCUCAAAUUUGUACGUAUAGGUGCAUCUCUCCAUUGUUAAUGUAGGCCUCAGUUUUCUUCUCGAAAA